AUGAAGGAGAUGGUGAGAUUGCAUGGAGUGCCUGUGUUCAUCGUGUCAGACAGAGACCUUCGUUUCAUGUUUAACUUCUGGAAGAGUCUUCAGGUAGCUUUGAGGACUCGGUUGGAUUUCAGUACAGCUUUUCACCCAAAGACUGAUGGCUACCAGUCCACUAUUGGGAUGUCACCAUUUGAGGCCCUUUAUGGGAAGAGUUGUAGGUCUCCUGUGUGUUUGGAUGAGAGCAGACAGAAGAGCUAUGCCGAUGUGAGACGUAAGAACUUGAAAUUUGAGACUAUUGUUAAACUGUUCUUAAAAGGGGCACCCAUGAAAGGUAUUCUAAGGUUUGGCAGGAAAGGGAAGUUGAGUAUGAGAUUCAUUGGACCUUUCGAGGUCUUGGAAGGAGUUGGCCCCAUAGCUUACCGUUUGGCAUUACCCCUAGCACUGCCUUCAGUUCAUAAUGUCUUACAUGUUUGGAUGCUGAUGAAGUAUGUGACAGACUUGUCCCAUGUAGUUGACUUUGAGCCCUUGCAAUUGAAUGACAACUUGAGCUACGAGGAGAAACUUGUAGAGAUUCUUGCCAGAGAGGUAAAGACAUUACGCCGCAAGGAUAUAGCAUUUGUGAAAGUCCUGUGGCAGAAUCAUCAGUUCAAGGAAGCCACUUGGGAGCUAAAGGAUGAGAUGAGGGCCCAAUACCUAGAGCUAUUCCAGGAGUAA